AACGAGCAGGAGCAGGAGGGCUGGUACCGGGCUCUCACCGACCUGCUCAACGAGGGCAAGGCGGCCAGCCAGGGGUCCCCCCACCGCCACCUCGCCUCCCCCUUCUCCGCCUCCUGCAGCGCGGCCGCCGCCUCCCUGGCCGCCGCCGGCGAGGACCUCAACUAUGGGCUGAUCGCCCCGGCCACCGCUGCCUACCGGGAGGUCUGGCAGGUGACGCUGAAGCCCAAGGGCUUGGGGCAGAGCAAAAACCUCACCGGCGUCCAUCGGCUCUGCCUUUCGGCCCGCACCAUCGGAUUCGUGCGCCUCAACUGCGAGUUGCCCUCGGUCACGCUGCAUCUGAUGAACAUCCGCCGCUGCGGCCACUCCGACAGCUUCUUCUUCAUCGAGGUGGGGCGCUUGGCGGCCACCGGCCCCGGUGAGCUCUGGAUGCAGGCAGACGACUCGGUGGUGGCCCAGAACAUCCACGAGACCAUCCUGGAGGCCAUGAAGGCGCUGAAGGAGCUGUCCGAGUUCCGGCCCCGCAGCAAGAGCCAGUCCUCCUCCUCCUCUUCCUCUGGGGGG